CGUACUUCACCUCUCAAAACCGAUUGAUCUAAAUGGCUGAGCCAUUUUCCAAUUGACAUCGGAACGAUAACCAUGUUCCGCAGUGCGAAGCCCAAGAAGAACAAGCGCCGACGCGUGGCCGAGGGAGAAGACGAGCAGCACACGAGCGGGCCUAAUGCCGGUGAGGAUGUGCCUGUGGUACCCGUGGCCUCCGACCGUCGCGCAAUCAACACCUUCUCUACUGGCGGUGUGAAGAAGGCCAAAAAUGUGGUGCAGACACAACUAAUCGAGUCGGAACGCGAGAUUGUGCCGCAGCAAUACGCAGGCGACGCCACCUACGAGACUCAAAUUGAUACAGAGAAAGAUCGGUACGUCGUGAUAUCUCCCAACCGUGCCUGUGUAUCUGUCAUUACUAUGUUGUGUGCUGCUUUUUGCUGUAGUGAUGCGCGUGCUGUGAUGGAGAGGAGCAUUAAGGCGAACCAGGACGGGAGUGCCGACGCGGAUAGUGGAAAGGUGUACCGCGGCCAAGCUGCCUACAAGAGCUAUAUCACCAAGAAGGAAUCCCAGAUCGGCAUGAACAAAUACACAGGUACGCAAGGCCCCAUUCGAGCGCAGACCUGGGCACGCGCGAUCUCGCGGUUCGACUACCAGCCUGAUGUCUGCAAGGAUUACAAGGAAACAGGAUUCUGCGGCUACGGUGAUAGCUGUAAGUUUCUACACGACCGCGGGGACUACAAAAGUGGAUGGCAGAUCGAGAAGGAGUACGCGGAGAAGGAAAAGAAGCGACAGAAGCGGCUUCAAGAAGGAAGAGACCCUGAUGAAGAGAGCGAGGACGAAGAUAAAGCUGCGACUAAGAAGAAAGAAAACGAGCAGUUUGCAUGUACAAUCUGUCGUGGACCCUUCCGGAACGCUGUUGAGACAAUUUGCGGUCACUUCUUUUGCGAAUCGUGUGCGCUGAAGAACUUUAAGAAAACGUCGCGAUGCUUUAACUGCAAGAAGCAGACCAAUGGUACGUAGGGAGGGAGCGACGCGAUGCAUGAGCGGUAACCUCACUCAUUGCGUAAUGAAACAUAGGCGUCUUCAAUGCAGCUGAAAAGCUACGAGCAAAAGAGCGGGAACAGCGUGAAAAUGACAAGCUUACUGAUGCAGAGUCCACUGUAGACGCAUCAGAUAGUGCAGGAGGAGGGUGGACGAAGGUUGUAGAAUCAUCGUAACGUUAGAAGCGGUGUACAGCUCCGCAAGCUCACUUACAGAAGUUGAUUAAGAGCCAUUCAUUACCUUGAUAGCUCAACUUUCUACCACCACUUUAGAGUUCUCACCUCAAUAAAUACUUUACCAGCCUCUCUUCCUAACAUUUAUCCU